AUGGAUUCCUGGCUGUUUCCAUACAGCGGCGGCAUCAUGCAUUAUCCUCCACAUCGCUGCUUCCCGGACAACCAGCCAAUUGCUCUUCCCAAGCCUUCCCUGGUCCCGGUAGAGGUAAACGGGAGCAGCCGAUGGACCAGUGAUGGCCUGCUUGCCAGUGAAGAUUGUGCCGAAGAGGGAGGAUAA